CACUUCUCUCUACAGCUGCUGAGAACUUGUGCAGACCUCUUCAGGUUGGUUCCCUUCCUGGUGUUUGUCAUUGUCCCCUUCAUGGAAUUUCUGUUACCUGUCUUCUUGAAACUCUUCCCUGAAAUGCUGCCCUCGACAUUUGAGACGGAGUCAAAAAAGGAAGAAAAACAGAAAAAGAAAUUAAAUGCAAAGCUGGAGUUAGCAAAGUUCCUGCGGGAGACCGUUGCAGAGAUGGCCAAAAGGAACAAAGCAGACACAGGCCAAGGAAAACAAUUCUCCUCCUAUGUGCACCAGAUCCGUCACAGUGGGCACCAGCCCAGCACCCAGGAGAUUGUCAGCUUCUCCAAGCUCUUUGAAGAUGAGCUGACCCUGGAGCACCUGGAGAGGCCACAGCUGGUGGCUCUCUGCAGACUGCUCGAGCUGCAGCCCCUUGGCACCAACAAUCUGCUCCGUUUUCAACUUCUGCUGCGACUCAGAACCAUCAAGGCAGACGAUGAAAUGAUUGCCAAGGAAGGAGUCAGUGGCCUGAGCGUGUCUGAGCUGCAGGGCGCCUGCAGAGCCAGGGGCAUGCGGUCCCUGGGCCUCUCUGAGGAGCAGCUGAAGGAGCAGCUCAGGCAGUGGCUGGAUCUGCAUCUGAAAGAGAAUGUUCCUCCUUCUCUGCUCCUGCUCUCCCGUGCCUUGUACUUAAUAGAUGUGAAGCCCCAAGCUGUUCCUGCUCCACACAGCAAGGUGAGUGAGACUGCUGGGGUGAUGACAUCUGUCCUGGAAGGUCAGGAGAGCCUGGUGGACCCUGCCCCUACUCUGCAGGGAAGAAAGAGUGAAGAAUUUGUGGCUCAGCCCCCAGAGAAGAUGGCAGUCUCAGAAGUGGCAGUGAAGCCUCCCCCACGAGAGGCUCCAAUGGAAGCAUCUCAGAGCAGCAAGGCCAACGGAGCUUAGCCUGAAGCCAGCAAGGGCUGCCUAAGGCCAGGACAGAAGAGCUUCA